CUUGUCCAAAUUACAGCAUGGACGUAAAUAUCAAGGAAGAUGAAGAAAAAGAUUCAAACAUAAGUCAACUAACACGGCAAGUUUCUUUGCACACUUUAAAUGGUUUUAAUGAACUCCGACUAAAUGAGAAACUGUGUGAUGGUUCGAUAAUAUUAGAUAACGGUGACGUAUAUCCAAUACAUCGAUCAGUUCUGAGCGGUUCUAGCGAUUACUUUAGGACACUCUUUACUACACUACCCGACAACAAUUGUAUGAAAAUACAUUUGAAAACGGUAGAAAGUUCUACAAUAGAGCAAAUUCUACAGUACAUUUAUUUGAGACAAGUAGACAUAUGUUAUGAUAACAUAUUAGAUAUAAUGCAGACAGCUGACUAUCUGCGUAUUGACGGUCUGGUACAACUUUGCAGCAAAUCACUAAUAGUCGAUUAUUUGGAACCCGAAAACUGUGUAACUUUACUGCAGUUCGCCGAUUACUACAAUUUCGUUACACUGAGCGAAGCGACAUACAAUUAUAUUAUCAAAGGAUUUAUGAAUAUUGUGAAACAAGACAACGAUCUUAUGAAACUCAAAAGAGAGGAAUUCAAAAGAAUAAUUCAAGACAACCGGUUAAACGUGAAACGAGAAGAAUGUGUAUGGGAGAUUUUAGUGAAAUGGGUCGACAAGGAUCCUGAUAAUCGAACGAACGAUUUGGCGUUUCUGUUGCCGAAUGUUCGUUUUGGCCUAAUGAAUGUCAAAUAUUUUGUUGAUAACGUGAAGAACCAUCAUUACUUACAGAACCGACCCGAUUGCGCAUCUUACAUAACAGAAGCUUUUAAGUGUUUACGUCAGCCGGCUUUGUUGUCGACGAGUCUCCUAGGACCAAAGUUCGCGCAACCCAGGUACCCAUUCGAAUUAUUGUUCGCCAUUGGUGGUUGGAGCGGCGGUAGACCGACUGGUUUAAUUGAAACAUACAACAUCAAGUCGAAUCGUUGGACACAAAUAUGCAAAGAAGAUCCACUUGGACCGAGAUCGUACCACGGUACACUCGUCAUAAACAAUGACAUUUAUAUCAUCGGAGGAUUUGACGGGACGGAGUAUUUCAAUUCUUGUAGAAAAUUCGAUACGAGUACAAUGACAUGGAACGAAAUAGCGCCAAUGCACUCUAAAAGGUGUUACGUCAGUGUUGUAGUGCUAAAUAAUAUUAUUUACGCAAUGGGUGGGUAUGACGGUCAUCAUCGACUAAAUUCUAUGGAAAAAUACGACUUCAGACGAAAUCAAUGGACGAUGGUAAUGCCGAUGAACUUUCAGAGAAGUGACGCUUGUGCCACAGUUCUAAAUAGUAAGAUAUAUAUCACGGGCGGGUUCGACGGACAGUCGUGCUUGAACUCGGCGGAGACGUACAACGUGGAGACGAACGAGUGGAAGCUGCUGCCGGCCAUGCGGACCAGGCGCAGCGGCGUGUGCUGCAUCGCGUACCACGGGCUGCUGUACGUGCUGGGCGGCUGCGACGGGUCGUCCCGGAUGAACGGUUGCGAGAAGUACGACCCGGCCACGCGCAAAUGGUCGCCGGUGGCCGACAUGCGCAGCACCCGGAGCAACUUCGCCGUCGAGCUGCUGGACGACACGAUAUUCGUGGCCGGUGGUUUCAACGGCGUGACCACCAUCGCGCUGGCGGAACGCUACGACGGCCGCACGGACCGUUGGUCCGAUGUGAAACACAUGAAAGUGUUUAGAUCGGCGCUGUCGGCGUGCGUCAUAAAGGAUUUGCCCAACAUCAAACGUUUCUUGCGUUCGUACAGAUUUCACCGGGAAGACAGGAAAACAUUCAAUAAGAACAAUCAACCAGGCGACUACAGUAAUGCUGCGAUUUUCGCAAUUCAAUCCCAAAUGCUUAACGGGUAUCAAAUUAAUCGUCACAGAUCGGAUGUUAUCUAUGAAGAAAACGAAGAGCCAGACAACGGAAAUCCCCACGAAUGAUCUAUUCAAUAUUUUAAAUAAAUUCUAAAUCUCAAAGCCAAAA